ACCAGUCGUGCGCACAGCAUCCUGAGAGCGCGCUGAGCGCGGGGACCCGCAGACCAUGCCGUGUCACCGCGACCGGGAGGGGGGCAGGCGCGCUCCUUUUUGACAUAAAAGCCAGCCGGCCAAAUAGAUUUAUAUACACAUAAUUCCGCCCUUCACGGAGCCGGUGUGCGAAGCGUGAGCUCUAUUUCCCUCUGCCUCCUCCUUCCACUCUUCCUCCUCCCCUUCCUCCUCCUCGCCCUCCUCCUCUUUCUCCUCCUCCUAAGUGUACAGACUGCACCCUACCACCUGGUUGGCUUCUGACAAACGGGCAUCUCUCCCUUUUUAGAGACCAGAGACACGGAGAAAGAGAGAGAGACAAGGGAUAUUCUAAUGCAGACUGCCUGAUACUCCCCCCAGAAAAUAAUAAUAAAUUUUGGCUCUUGUCCCCUCCUCCAACCCCCACCCCCUCAAGCUUGUGUGAGAUGUUGGGUUUCUUCAGGAGACACUGCUGAGAAGUCGCAGUGGUUGGAGAGGCGUAGGGGGGUGGACUCCCUCUAUCUCCACUCCCUCCCUCCCCCUUUUUUUUCUUUCUGGGAGGAGGUGGAGGAGGAGGAGGGGAAGGGGGGUUGCAGAGCAAGCGAUGGAUGAGGAAAACAUGACGAAAAGCGAGGAACAGCAACCUCUGAGUUUGCAGAAAGCCUUGCAGCAGUGCGAGCUGGUUCAGAACAUGAUAGACCUGAGCAUCUCCAAUCUGGAAGGGCUUAGGACGAAGUGUGCAGCUUCCAACGACCUCACGCAGAAGGAGAUCAGGACCCUGGAGAGCAAGCUGGUGAAGUAUUUCAGCCGGCAGCUGUCUUGCAAGAAGAAGGUGGCCCUGCAGGAGCGCAAUGCCGAACUGGACGGCUUCCCCCAGCUCCGCCACUGGUUCCGGAUCGUGGACGUGCGCAAGGAAGUCCUGGAGGAGAUCUCCCCUGACCAGCUGAGCCUGGAGGACCUCCUAGAGAUGACAGAUGAGCAGGUGUGCGAGACGGUGGAGAAGUACGGAGCCAACCGGGAGGAGUGUGCCCGGCUCAACGCCUCCCUGUCUUGUCUCAGGAAUGUACACACAUCAGGAGGGAAUCUCUCCAAACAAGACUGGAUCAUCCAGUGGCCCACCACGGAGCCAGGGCAGGACAGCAACCCCGUGUGCCCCCCGGAGUCCAGUCCGUGGAUCCGCACCCACCUCUCCCAGAGCCCCAGGGUCCAGUCCAAAUGUGUCCAGCCCUUGUGUCACACCAGCCCCACGCCCGGGGCCCCUGUGUACACCCACGUGGACAGACUCACCGUGGAUGCCUACCAGAGCUUGUGUCCGCCGCCGCCCCUGGAGUCAGGCCACCGCUCCCUGCCCCCAUCACCCCGGCAGCGGCACGCGGUCCGCACCCCACCUCGCACCCCAAAUAUCGUCACCACCGUGACCCCUCCUGGCACACCACCCAUGAGGAGAAAAAACAAGCUGAAGCCUCCGGGGACGCCGCCCCCCUCCUCUCGGAAACUUAUCCAUCUGAUCCCUGGCUUCACGGCACUGCACAGGAGCAAAUCCCAUGAGUUCCAGCUCGGGAACCGUGUAGACGAGGCCAACACACCCAAAGCCAAGAAGAAGAGCAAACCCUUGAACCUCAAGAUCCACAGUGGCGUGGGCAGCUGUGAGAACAUCCCCGCCCAGCAGCGCUCCCCACUCCUGUCCGAGCGCUCCCUGCGGUCCUUCUUCGUGGGCCACGCACCCUUUCUGCCCUCCACCCCACCCGUCCACACUGAGGCCAGUUUCUCUGCGAACACUCUGUCUGUACCGAGGUGGUCACCGCAGAUCCCACGCAGAGACCUUGGCAACUCCAUCAAGCACAGGUUUUCCACCAAGUACUGGAUGUCUCAGACGUGCACUGUCUGCGGGAAAGGGAUGCUUUUUGGCCUCAAGUGUAAAAACUGCAAGUUAAAGUGCCACAACAAAUGCACCAAAGAAGCCCCACCCUGUCAUCUCCUGAUCAUCCACCGAGGAGACCCAGCAAGGUUAGUGCGAACGGAGUCGGUCCCCUGUGACAUCAACAACCCUGUCCGGAAGCCAGCACGCUACUCAGAUCUGCACAUAAGCCAGACGCUCCCCAAAACCAACAAAAUCAACAAGGACCACAUCCCUGUCCCUUACCAGCCAGACUCCAGCAGCAACCCCUCAUCCACGACGUCCUCCACGCCUUCCUCACCAGCACCCCCCCUCCCCCCCAGUGCCACGCCGCCUUCUCCCCUGCACCCUUCCCCACAGUGCACAAGACAGAAAAAGAACUUCAACCUACCAGCUUCCCACUACUACAAAUAUAAGCAGCAGUUCAUCUUCCCAGAUGUGGUGCCUGUACCAGAGACGCCCACCAGGGCACCCCAAGUCAUCCUGCAUCCUGUCACCUCAAAUACAAUCUUGGAAGGAAAUCCAUUACUUCAGAUUGAAGUGGAACCAACCUCAGAGAAUGAAGAGGGCCACGAUGAAGCAGAGGAGUCUGAAGAUGACUUUGAGGAGAUGAACCUGUCCCUCCUCUCAGCCCGGAGCUUCCCACGCAAGGCCAGCCAGACCAGCAUCUUUCUUCAGGAAUGGGACAUCCCCUUUGAGCAGCUAGAGAUUGGCGAGCUCAUCGGGAAGGGUCGCUUCGGGCAGGUGUACCACGGACGCUGGCAUGGCGAGGUGGCCAUCCGGUUGAUUGACAUCGAGAGGGACAACGAGGACCAGCUCAAGGCUUUUAAGCGGGAAGUGAUGGCCUACAGGCAGACCAGACAUGAGAAUGUGGUGCUCUUCAUGGGAGCCUGCAUGAGCCCGCCCCACCUGGCCAUCAUCACCAGCCUCUGUAAGGGACGAACCCUCUACUCUGUGGUGAGGGAUGCCAAGAUUGUCCUGGAUGUCAACAAAACCAGGCAGAUCGCACAAGAAAUUGUCAAGGGCAUGGGCUACCUCCAUGCCAAAGGCAUCCUUCACAAGGACCUCAAGUCAAAGAAUGUCUUCUACGACAACGGUAAAGUGGUCAUCACGGAUUUUGGGCUCUUCAGCAUUUCUGGGGUGCUGCAGGCUGGAAGGCGAGAAGACAAGCUACGCAUCCAGAAUGGUUGGCUGUGCCACCUGGCCCCAGAGAUCAUCCGCCAGCUGUCCCCUGACACGGAAGAGGACAAGCUCCCCUUCUCCAAGCAUUCGGAUGUCUUUGCGCUUGGAACCAUCUGGUAUGAACUUCAUGCCCGGGAGUGGCCGUUCAAGACUCAACCAGCAGAGGCAAUAAUUUGGCAGAUGGGUGCAGGCAUGAAACCCAACCUCAGUCAGAUUGGCAUGGGAAAAGAAAUCUCGGAUAUCCUGCUCUUCUGCUGGGCCUUUGAACAGGAAGAGCGGCCCACCUUCACUAAGCUCAUGGACAUGCUAGAGAAACUGCCAAAGCGAAACCGCCGCCUGUCGCACCCCGGACAUUUCUGGAAAUCUGCAGAGCUGUGACCAUGGACAUGGGCCAGCAUCAGCUGACUCACCCCCAAACCUCCUCUUCCUCCCUGCUCUGCCCUCUGCCAGCUCAGGAGGCCCAGGCUCACCCCCAGGGAGUCCCGACACAGCCCAGCCUGGGAGACCUGUGUGACAGCAUGGAUACCACAGAGGCUGAUCGCGUCUUGGACUUGCACGCAGGAGCAGGGACCCCUGAGCUGGGAUCAAACUGGACCAGUGAGGGUCCUGUGCAUGGUACAGAGAGCUGCAGACUGGACAUGACACCUCCGGGCUGUGGAGGCCAAGACACACAGUCCUGUGGGCAGUGUGCGUGCAGAUGUCUACAAGUGGACAGGGCCACCAGCUUCCUUUCCACCCCGACAAGUCUGUCCAGUUAUGGAGUGUCCCAGCUGUGCUAGCCCAGAACACAGAACAGGGGUGGAACCAGGAACAGCACAUGUGCUUUGUUAGAUCAAGGCUCCCAGGUCAAGGUCAGAGUGGGGAGGCGUAGGCUAGGCUUGUAAACAUCUGUUUUUAGAGGCUCCAUUCCAAGCUUGAAGUGACUGCUAGCCCCUGGGAGCACAAAGACACUAGGCAAUUCUGUGUGUCUUUUUAGCAUGGGGCCUCUCUGGGGACUGGUCUCUUGGCUCCACCUUCAUCCUGUUUGGUAAGAACAUCGUUCUGGCUCACCUCACAGCCCACCCUUGCCUGGGCAAUUGGAGGACACCAUAGCUUCUCAGCUGAUGCUGGGGAUCCUUCAUGGCUCCCCAUCACUCAUGGCACCCCCAAAGUCUGAGCCCUGAGAACGGGGGCUGUGGCAAGAGAGUUCUGGUACAUUCCCUCUUUGGCGCUGGCACUGCUGGAGUUGGUUCUCCCACAGUGAUGGAUACAGUCCUGGGUGUGCCUGAUGGGUUACAAGGGUAUUCGGUAACUAUUUACAAAGGUCUCCCUGUCGUCUCUCAGCCACUGUGUUCCUUGUUAGGGGCCAGGGAGGGGAUGUAUAUGUAGAGGGUCCGUGGUCUCUGCUAUGGCCUGGUGCUGAGUCCUCUGAGGGGAUUCCCCACCUAUUCUAGUCACUCAACCCCACAUCUUCCAUGACUUUCUUCUCUCCCCACCCAAGAUGGAAAUUUUUCUGGUCUGUGUUGGGCUUCCCCACCCGCUCCCCUGCCACAGGUUCCUCCCUGAGGGAUGUUGAGAAUGGGUGGUACAGAGGGAAUGGAAGGGAAUGCCCUGAGGUCUCUGGUCCCUGGCCCCAAAACCCUGUCCUCAGCAAUCAGACUUGACACAAGAGGAAAAGCUGUCCCCAAGCACAAAACUAGCUGAGGUAGCAGGACAGAGAAAUCAUACAGAAUUGUCCCCUUCUUUGGUGGGUCUAUUAGAUGCACACCCUGGGCCCAAGUCUGCUUGUAAAGCAGGAAGAAUGAUUGACAGUGGUCACACUUCCAGAAAGACUUAGCCUACAAUAUCCUCAAGUCCUUCUCAAACCUCUUUGCAAAUCUCCCUCUACCUUGGGGUUCCACAAAAAGUUGUUCCCGUGUGAACAUCUCUCUCUUGGUGACAUCUUGUCUGUGGUUCAGCGGCUCAGCAUUCCUGCAUCUCGGAGACAUUUUACAUACAUUUGCUCAAGUCCCAGGGCUCCAGUAUCACUAAGGACCAUUCUCGCCAACAGUUGCAUCCUCACCUAACAAGCCCCCUUCUGAACUCAUCCCUGUGUCCAGGGCUGGGCUGUGACCUGCCCCCCAGAAACCUACUAAGCACCUAGAAUUUAGUUCCUCCUUUCUCUUUAAUUCCAUCAGGACCUCUGUGGUCCACACACCCCCGUCUUUGUCACAUGCCUUUCUAUCAAGAGAGGAAGUAAGAGAAGAGAAGGGUCAGGGAGGGCCAAGCCAUUGGGAACCUGAAGUGUUGCCAGGAACUGGAACCCACUCACUCACCAUCUGCUUCCCCUCUUUGCAGAUGAGUGACCCAGCGGAUGCUGGAGAAGGAGAUUUCUCCACAGUCCCAGGUGCCCCGAGGAAGCCAGGGGAGGGUGUCUCUUUAUAAGGGUGACCAGUCACCUAGCUCCCAGGGUUCUGUUCUGCUCUGAAUCUAAGGUCCAUGAGUCUGUGAAGGAUCCACAGACUUCAAACAAACAAAAAAAUAGAGUGUGGUGACAACCUCUCUGUAGUCCUGGCACUGUGGAGGCUGAGGCAGGAGGAUAACAAGUUUGAGGAUAACCUGGGCUACAUAGGAUCUCUGAAGACCUGUUUGCGAUUAAGGAUUUGAAUGGUACAGAGAGAGUCCCAGCCUUCCUGGCUCCUACUCCACUCUUCCACUUUGGGGACCUGGGCCUCUUGGGUUAAAUGUCACCUCUUCACUCUUGCUCUUCCCUGACACCCCCCCACACACAUACUGAGACCUGGGUUCCAGGCUCCAUCUCUCCCUGGCUUCCCUCCCUUCCUCCAGCUAGCAGGCCCUUCCUUAGUGUGCAAACAGUUGAAUCCAGGGAUAAAGGAAUUCAGUCUCUUCCCUGUGUAAGCAUCUGGGGAAAAUGUGUUCCUCCACCCUGCACAGAGCCAAAAGGAAGAGAGGAGGCCAUGUAGUCAGAUGCAUUUCCCCUGCAACCGCUGGCCCAUCCAACCCCUCACUCCAUACAAUACCCCUUGUUCCGUCACACCAGCCACCCACCUCACCAGCUUCUGCCCCUGCCUCAGGUUGCAAAUCCUUCGAGAUACAGGUUCCAGAGGUGACAAGUCCUUCCUCCCCUAGUGUGGGGACAUCUCCUGUGUCCCCAUCCCCAGAGCUAAACUAGUAACUCCAAGUGGCCCCUUGGGUCAUUUUGUGUUUUCUUUUACUGGUCAGAGGGGCAAAGCCAGAUUGUCAUGUGCUUGGUCCUCUUGGUCUCUGCAGCAACUUCAGUUCUUGGCCAAUAGGAAUCCUAGAUGGGUGUUGCUAGGUAGGUGGCUAUUUUCAGGAUAACUAGGGUAAGGGGUGAAUAGAGCACUUGCCUAAUACCCACAAAGCCCCGAGUUCCAUCCCCAGUGCCACACAAACCAGAUAUGGCGCAUGCCUAAGUUCCUCUACACAAGAGGUAGAGGCAGGAAGAUCAGAAGUUCAAAGUCAUCUUUGACUGUGUAGUGAGUUUGAGACCAGUCUGGCCUAUUUUAGACCUUUUCUCAAAAAGUAAUUUUUGUAAAUUUAGGAGACUUGGCACCUCCCACCCCAUGUUCACACACUGCAUGCCCCCCCCAAACACUCAGAAAGACAGACUUCACUUAUCUCCCAUAUCCCUUGUCCCCAGUUGCACAUGGUGACCUAAGGUGCACAGAUCAAACAAGUGCCACAUUCUUAACCAGGGGUCAUCAAACUCUAGGCUGCAAAAUGAUUUUUACAUUCUUUGUAUCUGAGGAUAAAAAAAAUCAAAAGAAGAAAAUGACUCAGGCAAAUUCGAUGCAAUUCAAAUUUCCCACCAGUCUCAUAUUGUCCCCAGCAAUGACAAAAUUAUUGGCAAGACAGACCCCCCAGAACUGUAGAGACAACAUAUAUUGUGACUUGGUCUGUGGCCAACUUGGAUGGCCUCUGAUAUAGCAGGCUGUCGUAUUGAUGAAUAAGCCAACUGAAGUAAAAGGGACUAGUGGCUGCGGGAAGCAGCCUGUAGAGGUGCAAACGCAGAGAAGGGACAGACAGCUCCUCAGCCCUGGCCAGGUGUGUGCCCGCUAGCACUGUGAGUCAAGCCCUUGAGGCCACUGUGAACUAUAUCACAUGUGUCAACCCCGUAGCCCACAGACUGCCUGCACCCCAGAGCAACUGUGAAUGUGAACCACAAAAAAACCCUGGAAACUGAUUUAAAACAUUAAGGGACUUUGUUUUGUUUUAUGUUGUUUGGUGUUUUCUCUUUCUUUAAGAGUAUGAAGUUUGUAGAUAGCAAUACCAUGUUUUGGCAUCAAAAGUGUAGGAUGCAUGGCUAGCUAGACUUGAAGGCUGCCUUGGAUGCAGGUUAGCUUAAACAACAGAUACACAUUUCUCCCAGGUCUGGGGUGGUCUCUGCCAAGCCUUCUUGCAAACUCUUGUCUCUGGUGUCUUUUUCUUCUACAAAUACUAAGAACACCACAUUUGUCCUUGGGGGCCUCACCCCCUGACCUCUUCAAAGAUUCUUUCUGUGGGUGUGACACUGAAGGCAUCAACAGUAGAUGUUGGGGGAAAACUCAACAUGAGCGUUGUGUGAAGUCAUCCUUCAUUCUGUACCAAGACCCUGGAGGUGACUAUGCCAUGGGUUUUCCAUAUCUGCAUUCUUCCCAUCAUGGGCUUUUCAUUCCCACGCUGGCCGCAAGCUUGAGUCCCCAAACAGGCCCUUCCUGUCCUCAUGCCUUGCCAGUCUUCUUCACAGCCACCCACUCUCCUGGGGACUGAUCUUGUUGCAAGAGUGAUCCUGGUAAAGCCAAGCCCCCCUUUGACCCUGUGUUGGCUUCUGUGACAAACUACCCCACAUCAAGAGGCUUUUCACCAUCCUGUAGAUCCAAAGUCCAAAGCAAACUGUCCGAAUGACCCACCUGCUCUGGAAUUUGUCAAUUUCCUUGUUGCUUUCUGACGUGUGAUGGUAUCUGAUAAACUCCAGCAUUCCUUGUCUUGUGGGAGUAUUCCUCCAAUCUCUACCUUUGUCUUUACCAGCCUCACCGAUCUCUUUGCAUCUCUGUCUUUGUGUGACUCUUUUUAUGUGGACUCAGUCUUGUUGAAUCAGGACACUGUGUGUGAGUCAUUUUUCUUAUAACUCUAACCCAAAACCUGAGAGCAACAGUAUAGGAGAGGAAUCAUAUAUUUUGGCUCUCGGUUUCAGAAGGCUCAGUCUGUAGCUGCCUGGCUCUUUGUUUGUUGGCCUGUCUUGAGGCAGAAUGAUGGUGUGAAGGUGAGGAAGAGGGAGAGGAGGGGGUCCUUAAUGGCAAUUAGAGAGAGAGAGAGAGAGAGAGAGAGAGAGAGAGAGAGAGAGAGAGAGAGAGAGAGAGAGAGAGAGAGAGGAGAGAGCAAUACAGGGAAGGUCAGGGUGAGAUGUGUCCACACUGGCCUACAUCCUCCAGCAAGGACCCACCUCCUGCCUUUGAGUAUUGCAUUGUGAAUCCAUCCAGGGACUCAUUGUAUUGUAGGUUAGGUCGGAGAUAUUGAACUGUCUCCAGAAACUUCAUCACAGACACCCAGAGGUACUUCCUCGAUCUCUUGAGAAGCAUUUCUUAAUUCCAUUAAGUUGACAAUCAAGAUUACCCAUCGUAUCUGUUUACUAGAGUGUGACCUCAUCUGAAGUAACACACCUUCCUGAGCAUUUUUCAAAUCAGGGCCCGUUCUGAGACCCUGGGACAUGACUCAAACCCUAGCACUCUCUCAGCAACCAUCCUAUGUGUGCAGGUGUCAUCUUGGCUCCUUUGUGGAAAACCCUGGCUCCUCCAGAUACAGAUUUCCCAGAAUCCCCGGGCUACUUCUCAAUCCUACUCAUGACAGACACGUCCCAUCCUUGAGUCUCCAUAGUCAUAGACUUCAGCACGUGGAUGGCGAGAGUGGGCAAUGUAGAAGCACCAAGAAGGUCAUUAGGAUGAGAGUCUAGAAAGAUCUGUGUAUAAAAGAUCUAGAAGAAUGAAGAUCUAGACCAAGGAGAGUAAAUGUAUGACAUUCCUGCCACUGGUGCCCCUUCCUCUACCCCUAACAGACAUUGCUAAUCAAUCUCAGCACACCUUCCAACUGCAGUCAUAGAGUACUAGACUACACAUGCUGAGAAGGGAAGAAAGGUCCCCCAGAAAGCCUCUUCUAACAACCAGUGGUGGCUUUAGGACUCAUGCCUCACACUUUUCUAGAAACCAGUCACCCAGGCUCUCCUUAGUGGAUACAAUCUGCCUGGAACUGUACAGGAGUUAUUUUCCAACUAGGGAAUUUGGUGAGCUGGGAAAGGAUUCUUUCCUGGUAACCAUAAGAAAACUGCUUGCUGCUUGGAGAGAGUCACUUAUUCUCAGGGGCAGCUUCCCCACCACAGGACAGCUGGGCUGGGUAGCCCCAAAGAUGAACACCUGAAAAAGAUGGCUGCACGCAAGGUGGCGGGCCUGGAAGCAGGGAGGAAUUCCAAAGUUCAGCCAGGGAAGGUGGGGUACGUGGUGUAAGGUGUUGAGAUAAAGGGAUCUGACCCUAACUGCUUUUUAGUCUCUUGUCUGAUAAUCAAUUCGGUGACCAAUAGGACCUUGUACUGACCACCUCUUCAUCUCCUGCCCCAUCCCAUCUCUUGCCCAUGUGCUGAGGAAGAAUGAAAAGUAGCCAUCAUGUACUUAAGUGACAUCUGUCGAGCACCUCCCUUCUAUGGCUAUGUGAAAUUUGCAUUGUGGAUCCUUGGAUCUGAAAGUCUGAUGGUUCAAACCAGUGCUUAGCUUUUCUUUUCUAGUACUUAAAAGGAAAAAUCCCAGCUUGGCUAUUUCUUCUUGUCUUAAAAUGCCUUGAUUUAUCUUCAUAACCUACUGCAAGUGCCAGGAUAUGAGAAAUGCUAGGUCCGGGGAUGCAGGAGGUGACUACCCAGUGUUGGGCAAUGCUCAAGAAACAACCGAUCAUGAAAAUAGACGUCUGUGGUGCACAGAAGGGUGGGAGAACUCACAGGGGCCAUAAAUAGGCAUGGGCAGUGGCCCAUGUACGGAGGUGAAGCUGAGGUCCGAAGGAAGAGGAGGAGGCAGGAAGGUCGGGCUGGCCCAAUUAGAAGUCUAUCAAUCUUGGUGCUAUUGACCUUGGACCCAGUCAAUUCUUGGGUUCCUGUUGUAGCCCAGGCUAGCCUCGAACCCUUGAUCCUCCUGUCCUUGGUGGAGAAACAGUCACUAAACAUAGUGAUAGAAUGUGACUGCUCUGUCCCUGAUCUGGCUGUGAACGAUAGGAGCUCUCUGUACCAUGCCUCUAAUCAGAUCCAGAACUGGAGGAGGAGAUGGGGGUGUGGGGGGGGGGGGAAGUGGGCAUUGCAAGAGAAUGGAGUUUGGCGAGCACUUUGGAAUUUGACAUACGUGGCCACCGAAUGUCUCCUGGGAAAGAAGUUGGGUCACUGGGACUCUGUUCCCCGAGGGUCAGCAACCCCCAUCCUCACCCUGCUCAGGGUGGGACAUUGAAUAUCCACGGGUGUCUCUGCUGUACACGGGCCAGUCACCAACCCUUCUCCUUAGAGCCUGCUCUUGUCUGCUGCAGCUUCUUCAUCAUGCUCUCCUGCCACCUCUCAUCCAGCGCCCUGACGUGUCAGCCCCCCUGACCAACACACCCCUAUGGACACACUAGAAAGCCCCACCACUGAUAGUUUCUCCAUGGUCUCUCUCUGGACAUUGCGUUUCAUGUAUGCAAGGACACUGGAGUAUGGACAUCAAAGACACACAGGGACAUAGAGACGUGUUGUUGGGAAGACCCCCCACAGCCUGCAUAAUAACACAGAAAAAUAAUAAAUGUGCUGGGCGAAAUGCUGAUUUGCUGUUGAAGAGGCUGACAAUAGCCCAGGGGUCACACAGAGUCCCAGACUGAGUCUGUAAUGGGGCCUAAAGUGUAGGAGAUAAUGCAUUAGCUUUGUUGGUAGGGUGGGGUUUCUUCUAUUCCUGUAAGUAUCUAUGUGGGCUUGAGGCAUGGAAAACAGCACCUUGGCCAACUAAAGAACUCCCUGGGGGCGGGGCUGUAAAUAAAUGGGGCUCUCAGACCUGCUUCAACUUGAUUCAACUCACAAUUCUCUCCCUGCUUCCUCUGGCUGACCACGGCCUCAGCAAGUUCUCAGUGUCCUUGGCUCUGCCGGAGCGUACUUUGGACUUUCUCAGCUUUGCCAAGCCCUUAGCCCUUAAUCUUUGCCGACAUUAAUAAACAGUCUCCGGCAUCUUGACACCCAGCUGAAUCCCUCACCCCAAAGUGCACCUCUCAGGACAUCCCUGGGUGCGUGCAGCUGGAACAGAGAGGUGGUGAGUGUCUCCCACCCAUGUAGAUGCUGAUGGCCUGGGGACUGUGAACAAGGAUAGCCAGGUCUCCUAAGGAACAGCUUCCAGGUCCAGGGGGUUGUCAGCCUAUCAGAAAGAUCAUCCCCUGACCACCAAGGCCUGUGUAGAAGCAGGAAACUUUUCCUCCUGUUCCAUAGCCCCGAGGUUAAAGCCAAGGCUGUCAUUGGAGGCAUACAAAUCUGGCUCCACAGGCGAGCAGCCUUGCCAUGGCAGUUCAGGCUCUGCAGCCCACUUUCCCGCUCCAGACCUGUUGUUCCUACAUCCCUGAUUUUUUAUCUUUUCUUGGUGGUCUGUUCCAUAGGCCCUUCUGUCACAUGUCUCAACAUGGUGGAUAGCUCUCCAAGUCACCAACCUGAGGGAAAUCCCUCACUGUAAAAAAAAAAAGGCUUUCUUUGUAAAUUAUUCUGUUGCCUUUUUCUAAACACAAAGUAUAUAUACCUAUAAAUGCUAUAUAUAUUAUAUAUGUGUACAUAUAUAUAAAGACUGAUUCUUGUACAGCC